AUGGCCGACUCAUACGAGUUCUCCGUGACCACGAAAAACCAUGUACUGGUCCCUCCGGAGUCAGAAACUCCAAAGGGUCUUUACUAUCUUACAAAUCUCGAUCAAAACAUCGCCGUCAUGGUCAAAACGUUAUAUUACUUCAAAUCGGAGUCAAGAACCAACCAAGAAUCCUACAAUGUGAUCAAGAAAUCUCUCUCUGAGGUUCUUGUUCAUUAUUAUCCAGUCGCCGGAAGGCUGACGAUCAGCCCUGAAGGGAAGAUCGCCGUGGAUUGCACCGGAGAAGGAGUAGUGUUGGUGGAAGCUGAGACUAAUGGUGGGAUUGAGAUGAUCAAAGAGGCUAUAUCUCAGAAUAAAAUGGAGACGCUCGACAAACUUGUUUACGACGUCACCGGUGCCCGGAAUAUCCUUGAGAUUCCGCCGGUGGUAGCUCAGGUGACAAAUUUGAAAUGCGGGGGUUUCGUCCUAGGACUAAGCAUGAGUCACAACAUGUUCGAUGGAGUCGCAGCCGCGGAAUUUCUAAACUCGUGGUGUGAGACAGCCAAGGGCCUCCCGUUAUCCGUCCCGCCUUUCUUGGACCGCACGAUUCUCCGACCAAGAAACCCGCCAAAAAUCGAGUUCCCACACAACGAGUUCGACGAGAUCGAAGACAUAUCCGGCACCGGAAAACUCUACAACGACGAAGAGCUCGUCUACAGAUCAUUCCUCUUCGAACCCGCCAAGCUCGAUAAGCUCAAAAACAUGGCAAAGGAAGAUAAUAACAAGGUGACCACGUUUCAAGCCUUAACCGGGUUUCUUUGGAAAUCACGGUGUGAGGCGCUACGGUUUAAACCGGACCAACGGGUUAAGCUUCUAUUCGCGGCUGAUGGACGGUCGAGAUUCGUCCCGCCUCUCCCGGUAGGAUAUUGCGGGAACGGGAUUGUGUUGACCGGUUUGGUGACGUCAUCGGGAGAAUUGGUUGGAAAGCCUCUUUCUCAUGCAGCGGGUUUGGUCAAGAGAGUGGUCGAUUUGGUUACGGACGGAUUCAUGAGAUCGGCUAUGGAUUACUUAGAGCUGAACCGGACCCGGCCGAGUCUGACUGCCACGCUUCUGAUUACGUCGUGGUCAAAAUUGACAUUGCAUAAACUGGAUUUCGGUUGGGGAGAACCGGUUUUCUCUGGACCGGUCGGUUUACCAGGAAGAGAAGUGAUUUUGUUCUUGCCGGGUGGGGAUGAUAUGAAGAGCAUUAAUGUGUUCCUUGGACUUCCUGCUUCAGCUAUGGAGGUGUUUGAAGAGCUUAUGAAAAUUUGA